AUGAAUAAAUUAUUCAAUAAUUUAAAUAAAUCAAAAUUAUUAUUUAUUAAUAAUAAUUUUAAAAAUAGUUUUAAUAAUAUAAAAAAAUUUUAUAAUAAUCAGUCCACCACCACCACAUCUACAUUUAAUAAUAAAAAUACUAGUAUUUUAUUUAAAAAUAAACAAUCACAACAAGUAUUUAAUUUUUCAACAACAAAUUCAAACCUAUCAUCAUCAACAACAAUAUCAACAAAAACAUCAGAAAUGAAACCAGAAACAAAUGAGUUUAUGUACAUUGGUAAACGUGAUGAAUUUUUUGAAAAAGAAAUAUUUUCAGAUUUUAAUAAAAGUAAUCCAAAUUCAAAUUAUUAUACUUUUAAAUUUCAAACUGCAGAUGCAACAAUUAAUGAAAAAGAAAUUUUAGAAUCAAUUAAAAAUGAACCAAAAAAUAAUUUCUAUUAUCAACAAUUAGGUGCACAUAUCGGAGUUAAUGGUACUACAAUACUAAAUGGUAAAGUUGUAGAUACAUUGGAUUUAUAUUUAAUACAAGUUGAAAAUAAUCCAAGAGAGAGAAAUGUAUUUUUUAGUCUUUUUGUAUAUAUGAAAGAAUAUGCAAAUUUAGAGCAAGUAACAUUAUUAAAUGGUGAAACCGUUACAUUAAAACAAUGUUUAAUUAAAGAGAUUGCAAAUAAUCCAAACAAUAUUGAAUCACAUAUACUUUUAUUCACAUUAAUGGAUCAUUUAGUUGAAGAUACUGUUGAAAUUUUUUAUUACGUUGAUUCAUUAACAAAUGAGGAAUUUAAACCAACUUUUGAUCAAUUGGAUAUUAAUAUCGAUGCAGAGGGUGUCACAAGUAAAAUGAUUGGCGAGGAUAAGGUUUUAGUUAAAAAAUUAAGAAAAUUAGAUUUACUUUCAAAUGUAAUGGCAAUUGAUAGAUAUAAUGCAAGAGCAUUAGAUAUAUUAAAUUUUAUAAUGAUGGAAGGAAAUCCAGAAAUUUAUAUUGGUAAACAUUUAUUAACAACUUAUGAAGUAUGUCAUAAUAAUUAUAUAAUUAAUAGAGACCACGAUCCAUUAUCAAUCUAUUAUUAUUCAGAGCAAUUAAAUCCAUGGUAUGCAGUUUUUAUAACUGAAAGAAGUGAUGAAGUUUCAAAAUUAUCAUUAUUAGUUGAAGGUAUUAACAAAUUCCCUGAUUUUCCAAAUUUUUAUUUUAGACUUGCAUCAAUUUUAAAUAAUGAUUAUCAAUAUGUUAAAUUUAAAAAAAGUUCAAAUAAUCAUCAUGAUGACGUUGAUGGUAAUGAAGAAUUUAUUGAAAUGAAUAGAAAUGAUUUAUUAAGAACAGGAUUUAAUUUAAUUAAAGAAAGAAUAGAAUUCUAUUCAAUGGCUGAUUUGGGUGAGUAUUAUUAUGAAUUUGCUCGUUAUUUAGGUUUGAAUGAUACUGUAAAAUUUGUAGAUUUAAAUGAUACUGUUGAAAAGGAAUUUACUAGAAAACAAUUAUUUAUAAAAUCAAUUGAAGCUUUGGAAGGUUCAUUCGAUGUACCAAUUCAUGAAUUGUUAUUAUUAAUGACACCAGAUGAAACUGUAACCAUUUAUGGAAAACCUCAUUCAAUAAUUGAUGUAGCUAACAUUCCACAUUAUAGUGGAACUGUUGAGAAAGUACUUGCAAUUGUCUAUAAAAAUCAUAAUAAUAUUGACCAAUUUAAAAAGUAUAAUGAAAUAUAUUUAAAAAAAAGGGUUAAAGUAAUUGAAAAUUUCAUUUCAGCAAUUGAAAAUAGUCCUAUCGUCACUAGCAAUUACACUGCCUUGGGUACUAUUAUUGAAAAGGAUGAAAAGGUCACUAUAAAUGGUAAACCAUUAGGAAGGGUUGAUUUAUUCCUUUGUGCAAUUCAAUCAAAUCCAAAUGAUACUGGUCCUUAUCAUAAAUUAGCUAGAGAAUUGCCAUAUAUUGAUUCAACGAUUACUCUAUUAGAUGGUACAAUUAAAAAUAAAGUUAAUUUACAAGCUGAAACAUUUUUAUAUAAUCCACAUUCAUUAUAUGAUUAUGCAACUCAAUCAAUUCCUCAAUUUGGAAAUUUUGAUGAUGCAUGGAAAAGUUGGGCAAUGAGAGAUUGUCUAUCUAAAGUGAUUUCAAUGGAUCCUCUAUACAAAAAUGCUUAUUUAAAAUUAGCUAUUGAAAUGCAUAACUAUUCAAUAGACGAAUGUCAAAUUCCAUCACUUACAAUCGGUACACCAUUCAUUUAUUUUAAAGAUCAAUUAAAAUUGACAAGAAAACAAAUACUAAUUAAAUAUUUAGAAUUAUCUCAAAUUGAUUUUGAAUUUGAUCAAACUGAUAAUUUAUUAGCAUGGUAUUAUUUAUCAUUAGAAAUGGAUAUAAAAAAUAAUAUUGAUACUAUUGAUAAUGUUAAAAAUAAAAAAGAAGAAAUUCAAUUUGGUAAAACAAAGAAACAAAUUUUAUUAUCAAUAAUUGAAAAAGAUGAAACAUUCUCAAGAGCAUAUAGUGAGAUAUCUUCACUUUUACCAAUUGAAACUAGAUAUGAUCAUGUCAUUGAAUUUAUGGUUAUGGCAAUUAAAGUUGAAUCUGAUAUUAAUAUUAAAUCAAGUCACUAUUAUAAACUAUCACAAUAUUUAAAAGAUAAUAAUGAAAAAGUUAAACUUGAUGAUGGAUCAAUCAUGAAUAAACAACAAUUAUUAGUCGAAUCAAUUGAAUUAAAUCCACGUUCAAACACAAAUAAUCAUUCAUUUGCUUAUCAUUCAUUAGCAAAUUUAUUAACAAAUCCAACUGAUACUAUUGAAAUAUUUGGUAAACAACUUAAUCAAAGUGAAUUAUUUGAAUUGGCUUUAAUCAAUUCUCAAAACUUUUCAGAUUCUUUAAAAAUUAAAUCAAAUCAAAUUUUAAAUGAUACAAAAAAUCUUUUCUUUUAA